UAUCACUAGAUUGAAAGUAUUUCAAGUUUCAAAGUAUCCAAGAUGCAGUUAUUCACACGAGUUAUCCUGUUGGCCGUGACCCUCUUCAGCGUCAGUGCCGUGCCGCGUUUGGGCGAUGACUUCGGUCUGGAGGAGGUCCUUUUCCGCAUGGUCGUGGGUGAGGCUGAGGGACGUGCCCUGACUCCUGCUGCCCAGACUUGUGCCACCAACUACCUGAACACCACCCAGAAGAUCGGCGACAAGUUGGCCAAUGCCACCAAUGCCUGCGAGGAGGCAGCCAAUCGCACCAAGGUGUCUUACGUCCAGAGCAGCAACACCACCGUUAGCCAGAUCCGCCUCCAGUUGUUGAACCUGGAGAAGAACCUCGAGCUGUGCCGCAAUGAGACCGACUCUGCCCUCUUCCUGAACUGCACUGUGUCCACUUUCGACAAGAACCUGCAGCUGCUGGACACCUCCAACUCUCAGGCCUACCAAACUCAGUCCCAGUUCACCACCAAUGCCACUCAGAUGGAGGCCCAGAAGACCAACUGUGUCAGCGCCGCCAUUAGCGAGACCAAGGUUGCCUCCAUCCAGGCGGCCAACGAGUACAGCACCUGCAUGGAGAAGAUCGCCACCCAGCGGGAGAUUCCUCAGCCGCAGAAGGAGCAGCAGCAGCAGCAGCAGGUGAGGCCCGUCCAGGUGCCCAAGGAGCAGGUUCCCCAGCACUUCGAGGAGCUGCCUUUGACCAACUAAGAGCAGAGAGUAUUAAUCAAUAAAAAAAACUGUUUAACAUCAGA